UAAAUGGGGUUUCAAGUACAAUCAUUCCACAACAGAGAUUAUAGAUUGUGAAAUACAUAUGAUGCCUCGGUGUCAUAUCCCAAGUCUGCAGGCGUGUUUUGCUUUACAAUGGUUGAUACCGAAAUGCCGUUUUGGCCCAUAAGCUUUGGUAUUAACCCAGUUGAUCUUUCUACGAUGGAUGAACACUCCCAUGCAUUUGACAUAAAGCCUUUCACCACCGUUGAUUUUUCCAGCCUUUCUUCUCCACAUUAUGAGGAUCUUCCUCUUGCAAGAACUGACCAGAUAGCCCUUGACUAUAAAUAUGAUGUGAAAUUUCAAGAUUGUCAAAAUGCAAUCAAAGUGGAACCUCCAUCUCCACCAUAUUUCUCAGAAAAACUUCAGAUGUACAGUAAACCUCACGAAGAAGCCUCUAGUUCUCUCAUGGCUAUUGAAUGCAGGGUGUGUGGGGACAAAGCUUCUGGAUUUCAUUACGGAGUGCAUGCAUGUGAAGGCUGCAAGGGUUUCUUUCGCAGAACAAUCCGUUUAAAAUUAAUCUAUGAUCGAUGUGAUCUCAACUGUCGCAUUCAUAAAAAAAGUAGAAAUAAAUGUCAAUAUUGCCGAUUCCAGAAGUGUCUUGCAGUUGGAAUGUCACAUAAUGCUAUUAGGUUUGGGCGAAUGCCGCAAGCUGAGAAGGAGAAACUGUUGGCAGAGAUUUCCAGUGACAUCGACCAGCUGAACCCUGAGUCCGCCGAUCUGCGAGCCCUGGCCAAGCUGCUGUAUGAUUCAUACAUAAAGUCUUUCCCCCUGACCAAAGCCAAGGCAAGGGCAAUCUUGACAGGAAAGACAACAGACCAGUCACCAUUUGUCAUUUAUGACAUGAAUUCCUUAAUGAUGGGAGAAGACCAGAUCAAGUGUAAACAUUUGACCCCCAUGCAAGAGCAAAACAAAGAGGUGGCCAUACGUAUCUUCCAGCGCUGCCAGUUUCGCUCAGUGGAAGCUGUUCAAGAAAUCACUGAAUUUGCCAAAAGCAUUCCAGGUUUUGUGAGUUUAGACCUGAAUGACCAAGUAACUCUCCUGAAAUAUGGAGUGCAUGAGAUCAUCUAUACACUCCUAGCCUCCAUGAUGAAUAAAGAUGGUGUUCUCAUAUCCAAUGGACAAGGAUUCAUGACUCGGGAGUUCCUAAAGAGUCUACGGAAACCUUUCUGUGACUUUAUGGAGCCAAAGUUUGAGUUUGCUGUCAAAUUCAAUGCACUGGAAUUAGACGACAGUGACCUGGCAAUAUUUAUAGCUGUCAUUAUUCUCAGUGGAGAUCGCCCUGGAUUACUGAAUGUGAAGCCUAUUGAAGAUAUUCAAGACAGUUUGCUGCAAUCAUUAGAACUCCAGUUAAAGCUGAAUCACCCAGAAUCAUCACAGCUGUUUGCAAAAUUGUUGCAGAAAAUGACAGACCUCAGACAGAUUGUAACAGAACAUGUGCAGCUGUUGCAAAUUAUAAAGAAGACGGAGACAGAUAUGAGCCUUCAUCCACUCCUACAAGAAAUUUACAAGGAUCUGUAUUAAGAGUCAUCAGAUUUCUAAUGCAUUAACAUAAGUACGUUCACCAACUUGCACUAUUUCUUUUAAGGGAAAAUAUUACAUACCUAAGAAAUUACUGUGAAAGAAAAGAGACAGAGCUUUACUAUUAUAGAUCUAUUUUAUGCAUAUUGUUUAUAAAGACACAUUUACAAUUUGCUUUUAAUAUUAAAAUGUCUAUAUCAUCAAAAUGUUGGCAGUAUUUUCCAGAUUCUUUUUUCCUGUCUUCUUUGAUAAAAUAGCUCUGCUUUUUCAACCUGAUUUAAAAUAACACUGACAUUGGAGCAAGAGUACAGUUCAGCUUCACAACAAACAAGAGUAAUUUUCCCCUCAAGGGAAGUUUUCUGAAUACUUACUGUAGUGAUGAAUCGACAAUUAUACAGGUCACUGCAUUAUUCUACAAUGCUCAAAUUAUAUAUGUCUAACUUUUAAAUAAGUGUUUUAGAAAGGUGCAAAAGGGUCCAAAUGAAAAAACAA